AUGGCGUUGUCUUCUAUGGUGACCCAGUACUGGCCCCCGCCACCGACCUUCACCGAGAAAGAUGUCCCCAGUCAACAAGGACGGGUGUUUAUCGUCACCGGCGGGAACCAGGGCGUUGGGUACGAGCUCAUCAAGAUGCUCUACUCUACCGGUGCCGUCAUUUACAUGGCCAGCCGCUCUGAAGAACGCGCUGAAAAGGCCAUCAAGGACAUCGUAUCUGCGGACCCAGCCGGCUCUUCUCGCCUUCGGUUCCUCCAUCUCGACCUAAACGAUCUCAAUGCCGUCCGGACUGCUGCCAAAACAUUCUCCGACCAAGAGUCGCGCCUCGAUAUCAUAUGGAACAAUGCCGGAGUAGGAGCUGUGAAGGUUGGCACCAAAACCAAGCAGGGAAUCGAGGCCCACAUGGGAAUCAAUGUUAUCGCUCCUGUUCUUUUCACUCAGCUCCUCCUCCCGAAAUUGCAGGCGGCAGCGGCAACCUCUCCAAAGAACAGCGUCCGCAUAAUUUGGACCAGCUCGUGCAUGAUGGAGCAGCGAUCCCCAAAGGGUGGCUAUAACCUCAAGGACAUCGAGAAUGGCGGGACCAAUAGCACGUACAUCAACUAUGCCACGUCCAAGUCAGCAAACUGGAUGGUUGCUGACGAGGCCGGGAAGCGCUAUGGCAAGGACGGCAUUAUCAGCGUGGUCCAGAAUCCGGGCAACCUGAAUACCCAGAUCUACAACACCCAGUCCAAAUUGAUGAUGUUUUUUGUAAGAAGGCUGUUAUAUCCACCAAAGCUGGGCGGCUAUACCGAACUAUAUGCGGGCUUCAGUCCAGAGAUCACAGAGAAACAGCAGGGCGGGCUCAUCAUCCCGUGGGGGAGAGUCCAGGCCCGCAACCCGAGGGAGGAUAUUUACGAAGCACUAGAGGAAGGCAAGGGAAAGGAGUUGUGGGAUUGGAUCGAAGCCCAGAUAAAGGCCCAUGCUUGA